AUGUGUGGAAUGACCACUCUUUUCAUUCUUCUUCUAACAAUUCUUUUUCAUAUAUCCCUACUGCUAAACUCAGUCAUUGCUGUUAAUCCAAGUGGGUUUAGCAUGAAGAUCUUUCAUAGAGACUCCAAAGAAUCACCUCUAUAUCCAGGCGAUCAUUUAACACAAGAAGAAAGAUUUGAAAGACUCAUCCAACAAUCAAAAAAUAGAGCACGUUACAUUGGGCUGAAAAUAUCAAGUUCAAAUAACUCGAUAAACCCACGUUUUCCUGUGACUUACGACGGUGUUGGAGCAUAUGUUGCAGCGGUGGGUAUAGGUACUUUUGUUGGUUCACGACCUUACAAGCAACACUAUUUAAUGGUUGAUACUGGUAGCGAACUUACAUGGAUUCAAUGUCAAGGUGCUAUUUCUUCUUUUCCUCAAGAACAACCCCUUUAUCCUGCAACAAAUUCAAGUACGUAUCAACCUCUUAGGUGUAAAAAAAGAAGAAAGGGUUCCAUCGAAAACCCUGAUUGCUACCGAGGAUUCUGUGAUGAUCAAGGCAUGUGUACUUACGAAACAAGUUACGAAGACGGUGCAAUUACAUCAGGUAAAUUGGCUAAAGAAAAAUUCUCUGUAAAUUCAGAUAACCAUCGCCUUGAUUCUUUUAUUAUUGUCAUGGGUUGUGCCCUUAAUCAAGUGAACUUCGUUUUUGGUAGCCGUCUUGAAGUUUUUUCUGGAUAUCUCGGUCUAAAUGGAGGAUCUAAGUCUUUACUAAAACAGUUAAAUUUACGUAAAUUUGAAUACUGCCUGAGGCCAUAUACUGAUGGUAGAGCCGGAACCGAUACGUACUUAAGAUUUGGUUCAGACACGAGACUCGGUGGUGAAAUUCGACAAGCAUACAGAACUGGCAUAUAUGACUUUGGCACAGGUCAUUAUUAUUUGGUUUUAGAUGAUAUUAGUGUAAAUGGGAGUAGCGUCGGAUUUGAAAGAGAGGAUUUCGAGUAUAAUCAGAUUACCCGAAGAGGCGGUUGUUUAAUAGAUUCAGGGACUGCAUUUACCUUUAUGCGCGGAAGACACUUUGGUAGGGUUGCGGAGAAGGUGAGGGAGCAUUUUCGGAAAUACGAGCUUGAUCCUGUUAUACCAUCUCCAUUUAAUAGUUUGGAACUUUGUUUCCCAAGAAAUCGCAAGCGUUUCGAAUUUCCAACAAUAACAUACCACUUUCUCAAUGCGAAUUUUGAACUCAAAAAAGACGAACCGGAUACUGCUUUUGCUAUCACUGAAGAUUAUGUUUGUUUGGGCCUUAUUCGAGCACCGGAAGAUGAUCCUUAUGAUGUCAUGUUUGGAGCAAUGCAACAAGCUCGCAAAAGGAUCUUAUAUGAUGUUGCAGGAGAGUCGCUUUAUUUUGCUGAAGAGGAUUGCGGACAAGACAACAUGCAAUCCAUAUAA